UUCCUUGCCGUGACAGUAGACGGUCGCCUCCACUUCGAAGCUAAGAAAUACGCGAAAAAUGCCUAAGAAACCCUUCAGAAGUCGUCACUAAAAAGAACCUUUUUCAAAAAAAACAUGUGUGCUACUGGCCGUUUUUAGAAUUAAAAAGUUGAAUUUAGCGCGGGAAGAGAAACGUCAAAAUGACAGUUCAAAGGUGGAUGUCAAGAUCACUGUGUGAAGUGAAAUUUUUAUUUGUUUUGUUUGUGUUGUUAUCGCUCUUGGACAAUUAUUGCCGCGGCGAAGAAUAUGAUAGAGAUUCAAGAAAACUCUUCGGAGGAUAUAGAAUAACACCAUCACACUGCAAAGCAUCAAGAGCAGCCAAGUACAACAGAGGCAACAAGAUAUGCAUGUUCAACCACGAAUGCGUGCAACGAGGAGGCGAAGUGGUGGGCACUUGCAUGGACGGCUUCUUAUUUGGGGCUUGCUGUCAAUUAAAAUCUGACAGCCAGUCCCACAUCCCCAAAGGCCCAGGCGUGGUCAUGACCAGCUACUUAGACUACCCAGAUGCAGAAACCGAAACAGAUGAUUAUGACUCCGAUCAGCUCAGCGCGCUUCACAACAGCUUCAGACCCGUCGUUACCCCAGGAUAUAGACCUGGAUUCAGCAGCCAAGUGACGAUCACACCAGAUGUUAAGACAACCGAAGCCAUGCAACAAGAGAUGAUCUCUGAAGGCUUUAAUCAGAUCACGAACUCACUUCUGCAUUCGCCUCCUAAGGAUAAUAGUAUUUUUGGAAAACCAGUCAAACCUGAAGACAUAUACAGCCACAGUUCAAUAGACCAUAGCGUAGCUGAUACGAUACUCUUGAAUGAAAACGGUUCAGUUGCUGAAAAUGUCGUCAGACCUUCAGAUUUUAACGUCCAAAUAUCGUCGAUGCAAACCAAACCGACUGUAAGCCCUAUGUCUUCGACGCCGACCUCGACGCCUAAAACGGUAUCCACACAUCAUCCUGUAUACACCAAACCAGGAUUUAAACCUAAGCCAGGGAACAAGAAUACCAGUAAAAAUCCGUCGACAGAAAACUACGUCAUGGUGUCAACAGUGACGAAAGAAAGCCAGAAGAUUACUGAACUGUCUUCAAUUGACAGCAUAAUUCAAAUGCUGAACGAUAGCACUCCGAGCAUGAAAGAAGAAGCGACAUCACCAGCAUCAGUAGACUUGGAUAUCAUAGAGAACAAAUCUUCACCUGGCCCUACUGGAACUGUAGCUCCUGUUUCAUACAGCAGUGGUUACCCCAGCUACUAUUCCUCAACAGGACAUUACGUAACUAUAAACCCAACUCCAAACCCCUCGACUUCUUACUCAAAGCCAUCUUUUACCACAAAGAGGCCUUACACUACACCUAACAGUAUACCACAAGGUGACAAGCCUACUAGCAAACCUUACUACUCAUCCCCUAGUCCUAGUCAAUCAACUAGUCAAGCUAUAGAAGCUUUUAACAGAUAUCCUACCGAUCCGAAUAACUUCAAUUCUUUGACAACGUUUAGCUAUGUAAGUUCUAGCACAACAGUCGCUCCCACCACUACUUCAAGAAGACCACCGUCUACGAGCUACGUCACUGGUGCCAAACCAUUGAGAAGACCUGUCACACCACCGACGAAGAUCGUUCCAGGUUACGAUGUAGCUCCUGAUACAUUUUCAAGUGUAACUCCGACAGUAAUUGUCCUAAACGGCUUCCAAACAUCAAAACCAGAAACAUCAACGGAAGAAAAGGAGCCCCAGUUUGUAGAAAUAUCCCAGGAACCUUUCAAGAAGCCUGUCAGUCAAAUCACCGUCAACAACCAUAUUCAAUCGACCAACAACAUCUAUAUGGGAAAACCACCUCAGACAUUCGAAAGACCAGCCUCUCCUACAGUAGUUAUAACUCCAAAACCACCUCCAGUAACUAGUCCAUACCCUCUCAAAGCUUCGACGAAACCUCCAACAGUAUCAACCAGUCCCUUCCCAGUUUUUGACUCAUACACAGAAUACUACGCACCGACGACCUUCAAGCCAGAACUGCAGACGUCUCCAGAUGACCUGAUCAACUUCCCACCGGUUAGAAAUCCUAUGCUGAACGCUACAGGGUCUAACCCUGCGUUAUACAAUACUAGCAUCGCACUGUCCGACAAUUCAGAGGAACUGCUCCACGAUGUUGAAUUCACGACCCCCACAUGGCAAGAAGACGAGAAUUUGAAUGAGAAAAUGAAUCUAUUCGUGAACAAAAUAGUCGGAUCUCUUCAAGGGACCUUCCAGGAGCUGCAUGACAUUGUAAUAUUGGACAAAAAGCCAAACGCAACUAGGUUUACAACUCCGAAGCCGACCAAAAAGACUACGACUUCUAAAAGGCCGUUUUUGACGUCCAAAAAGCCGGUCAGGGUGACUACAACGACGACGAGAAGGCCGACGGUGAAGACGUCUAAAAAGCCGACAAGGCCGACAACUGUGGCUUAUAGAAGGACCACUACCACUAUACCGCCACCAACUACCACGACCACUAAGAAACCGGUCACCACCACGUCCAAGAGGCCCAAGCCGAGCAAGAGGCCGAUCACCACCACAGCUCCCACCACCGUCACUACUGUCACCACGGAGUUGUCAGAUGAGGUCACCACUGAGAGCGUGGUGUAUGAACAAGUGGACUAUAAUGACAAGAAUUUAUGCGGAGUGCGUCCCCUAGUCAAAACGGGCAGGAUCGUCGGCGGCAAGAACGCCAAGUUUGGGGAGUGGCCUUGGCAAGUGCUGGUCCGAGAGUCAACUUGGCUUGGCCUGUUCACGAAGAACAAAUGUGGCGGCGUGCUGAUCACCAGCCGGUUUGUGACCACCGCUGCUCAUUGUCAGCCUGGCUUCCUGGCAUCCCUAGUAGCAGUCUUUGGGGAAAACGACAUAGCCAGCGACAAGGAGGCGCGACGACCGGUGUCGCGCAACGUGCGUCGUGUGAUCGUGCAUCGGCAGUACGACGCCGCGACGUUUGAGAAUGACCUGGCGUUGUUGGAACUGGAGUCGCCUAUCAAGUUCGAUGCUCAUAUCGUACCAAUCUGCAUGCCUCCAGACGAGUCGGACUUCACUGGUCGCAUGGCCACCGUGACUGGCUGGGGCCGCUUGAAGUAUGGUGGCGGGGUGCCGGCAGUACUACAGGAAGUACAGGUGCCGGUGAUAGAGAACAGCGCGUGCCAGGAGAUGUUCCAGACGGCUGGCCACGCGAAGAAGAUCCUGAGUUCCUUCAUCUGUGCGGGAUACGCGAACGGGCAGAAGGACUCGUGUGAAGGCGACAGCGGUGGUCCAUUAGUGCUUCAAAGAGAAGACGGCAGAUGGCAGCUGGUAGGCACCGUCUCCCACGGCAUCAAGUGCGCGGCGCCCUUCCUUCCUGGAGUGUACAUGAGGACUACAUUCUACAAACCCUGGCUGAAGAGCAUCACGGGAGUACACUGAGGGCUGGUGUAGUGGUUGAGGUUACCAGAAUCGUGCUUGGACUACAAUCAUCAGGUAUACAUAGAAGAUUGAUGAGAUUUUUUCGAUUGAGUUAGCCAGAAUUUUUCAAAAUAUAAUGAGAAUGAGACUACUUGGCACGAGAGACAACCGCUUCAGAGGCUGUUAAAUUAAAGGUUCGAUUCUUGGCGAUCGCUGGAGUAUACAUAGUAGAAAACUUGGAGAUUAUUAGUAAUUUCUAUAGCACAAAAUAGGUGCUGACAGUCUUCAAAAAGCUUUUGUAGAGAGAUAAUUAUAGGAUCUUCGUCAUGCCUCAUGGGUAGGGCCAUUGAAAAAUUAAGCUUGUUGGAGAUGUCUUAUCAAAAUAAAGCCAAGUAAGUUUUUAAACGGAUUCAUGAUGAUUGUAGUCCAAGCUAUAAAAACCGUAAAGAAACCGGAAUCUCGCAAAGAAUACGGAUUUUCAAAUGAUGUUCCGCUGAAGGUGUCAACUGAUUUUGUUAAUUUUCGAAAUUGUGUCAUUUUAUCGUAAUCUGUUCCUUAACCUAUUUCAAGGUGGCAAUAUAUUUAACUAUAUUGAACCUCACUAUAUUGAAACUUUUUUAGAAAAAUGAACCUUAUUAUAAACUAAUAUUCAUUAUCAAAAUAUUGGUUUGUAAAUUGAACUCGGAUCAGUCUAGUAAAUACGAUCCUUUUAAGAUGUCACUCUUUUUAUUUAUUCGAAUAAAUCUGUAGUGUUUUUGAUUGCCAAUUGAAAUUAUUUUGAGAUGAUUGAUGCACUUUGAUCAUUGCUUUAGUAGAUUUAAUUCUUCCCUAACCUCCAAAAUUGCCGAAGUACACUUCUCCAAGAGACUUUAUACAUAGUGAAUUCAAUAAUCUUAUCUACAAAUAUCCAUAUUUCAAAAGAAGUCUCGUAAUGAAAAGGUGUGCGUUUUUUUCACCUAAAUUAUUGUUGGUGGUUGGUUGGUGGCUGAAUAUACAAUAUAAAAAUAUUUUGAACUAUAUUCAGAUGAACAAAGGUUGAAAACCUGUUGAAAAAAAAAUAUACUGGUCAAAAUGGCUAGUUACCUGUGACCAACUGAUUAGAUUUAUGUAAAUCCGUCCAUCACACGAUAUUCGAUUCGAUAUGUAUUUGGUCAAGACUUUAUGUAAAAAGUAUUAUCAAAUUAUGUUAAGUAAAACUGUAAAAAUAUUAUUCGUAACGCUUGAAUAAAUUAAAUAAAAUUGGACAUACAAUUUAUUAAAAACUUCAUAUGAUUUUUAAUAAAUUUGUGGCAGUAACUCAAUUGUAUAAAUUAUACAUUCAUCAAAGCUCUCUACUCCAAAAAAAUAUAUCAAAAUAGAAAAAUGCUUAUAGGUGUUUUAAAAACCAUAAAAAGUUCCAAUAAAAUGUAAUAUAAAAUUACAUAAAAGGACCGCAAUUGUUAUACUUUGUAAAUUAAUGCAUUUAUUUAUUGAAAUUAAUAUAGCAAAUAAAUUAGUUUAAAAUAUGUUUAAUUGUUAUCGAAUGACUGUAUUUAUAUGAAUAAUAUUUAAAUAGAAAUGUAAAUGUUACAUAAUAUAAUUAAAGAUGCAUUCAUAAGAAUUUGCUCAAGGUAAAAAAAUAUAUUUUUUGAAACAAUGUUAAUAAGUUAAAAAUAACUAAGCACUGUAAUUUUGUAAAAUAAAACAUAAAGUUACAUUAUAACUAUACAAAAACUAAAUAAAUUGUAUCAAAAUAAACUUAGUUAAAUAUUUUAAGUUUAGUUUUUGUCCAUACCAAUAAUGUGUAGAAUGAAUGUAUGAAAGCUCAAAAAUAGAUGUAAGUAGAAAAAUGUUAUUGACUGUUAUGCAUUUAUAAAUUAAAAAAAUAUUUUAAGUA